AAGGUUUUGUUGUACGUGGAAAAAAUCAGUUGUGGGGAAUUUUCUCACAAAAUGGCAACUUUUGGUAAUUUCUUCGUGAUCUGUGUACUCGUGAUUGUCCUAUCGUGCGUGACAUGUGAUACCCCAGCCAAGGAUUAUCUCUUUAUUCGUCACAUUUCUUCCACGGAAGAGCGACAAUUGAGGAAAUUGUGCGAUGAGGGGGAUACCUUGGUGUCCAUGCGUGCAGUAUCCGUUCAAAUGAAGAAUGGGAGUGAUUUUUUGUGUCACACAUCACGCUUUAUUGGUCACUAUUGGAUUAAAUUGGAAGACUUUAACGAGCUUGUGAGUCACCGCGACAACACCAAUGAUUUAUCACCCACGCAUGUGAUACUCAACAGUGAGGAAUUUAUUGGAUUGCAAGAGGGUAGGUUCUGCAGAGUUAAUUUAACAGCACCAAUCACCAAUUGUACCCCACUUGAUGUCGUCAUCGCCGGGGAGCCAGCAGAAAGAGAGACUUCUACGAAUGCCACAAUUGAAAUUCUCAUAAAAUUCUCAAAGUACCCCAUAACAGCGAGCUAUGAGAGUCUUAGAACCUACGUUAUCAUUCUUAUCGUUGUACUCAUGUGCUGUACAUUUACAGCUGUUGUCCAUGUGACGCAAAAGAGUGUGUCAGAGUGGCAGAAGAAGUUAAAUCAUCAAUACAUUUUUGUUGUUGACAAUAAAUAA